AUGGGAAUAUCCUCCAGCAAACCCCCACCACCACCACCCCCAGGCGGAGGUAUAAGCGGGGCAAACUGGCACAACAGCAACCACUACCACUACAACAACUACCAAAGUAAUAGUAAUACCCCCUGCGACGACAACAACAACAACCGGCGAUUGCUCAGACCAAAACGACCCCGAGUAAAAUCCGGGUCUUCCCUCCCAACCUCCCAAACACCAGUGGCCCAGCCCACUAUGCCCUCCUUCUUCUCCUUCGAGCAAGGAUCCGAACGCACCCAAAACGUCCGCUUCUUCAACGGCGAAUCCUCCCCUCUCCUCGGCCGGUUCCGCGCUGUUCCUCGACCAAACACCACCUUUGGCGGCCCUCAUAGGACGAACACGGGCGGUAGCAUCAGUAGUAUUGGUAGCGGUCCGACAGGUGGGAGGGCGAGGCACUACCACCCGCCACGAGGAGGAGCGCAGGCUGGGAUAAUAAAUGAGCCCGGGUGGAGGGGCAGUGUUCAUGUGGGCUAUGGGGCUAUCGUAGCUGCUGAGGCCGAGGCGGAGGAGGAGGCCGGGGACGGGGAUGAUGAGGCGGAGAGUGACUCGGAUGAUUCCCAGGGCCCGGGGUGGAGGAGGAUGGGGAAGGGGACCAGGAGGUUGAGGAGGGUGAUGAGACGGAUGAGGGAUACGUGGGUUGAUCCCAAGGCGGGAAUGGUGAGGAGGCUGGUGGACGUUUGGUGGAGCAGAUGGGCUGUGCUGGUGGUGCUACCUGCUAGUUUGGCUGUGGCAUGGUGCGCGAUACCAUUCCCGCAGUACCCCCUCCCGUGGGACGACGACGACAACUCUGGAGUACCUGGGCAGGCCCCUAGCGGGAAGGUACCCGGUCACGGAGCAGCAAGGGUGCAGGUCAACUUUUGGUUCUUUUUGUUUGUCUACUACAGCUUCUACAACCUGACGGCCUUGAUUUGGAUCACCAAGGUUUUCAACAUUUACAGCCUCAACUGGUGGCCGCAGUCUCUCGGCUUUCCUGUCACUGUCUCCGCCAUCGCCAUCCUGUCGCUUGCGGCGCCGCUACCGCUCUACCUGGUUCCUGAGGCGAGAUGGCUGACGGCGCACAACACGGUGUGGAUCUCGUGGACAUUCUGCAUCAUGGCCAUGCCCGUCGCCAUCGCCUUUUUCAUUCUCUUGACCAACGAGCGCCAUCUUGGCCUCCGCCAUUCUUUGUCAGAGACUCAACGCAUCUUCACCUCAUCCUGGUGGACGGGCGAGCGUGAAGACACCAUUUCCAGGAGAGAAAGACGUCAGCGCGCUGCCCUGGACCCAAGCGCAUUCGAUCCUAACGCUGAUCCUUCGCAAAUCGGGUACAACGACGCUCGAUACCAGCCCCGAGCGCGCAGGAUAAGACGGCGGUGGUUACCGGCCAGCUUUGUCAGAUUUGUCUGGUUCUGUCUCGCGUUGUUGAUCGGCUUGCUGGCCUAUGUUAUUGGAGAGGCCUAUGCCGAGAUUUACCUCCGGACGCUGCCGCAUAACAACUUGGAGACGAUUGUCUGUAAGUUUUUUGUUGCGCUCCAUCCAAUUUUUUUUUUUUUUUGGUUGCGUGAUACGGAUAUUUUUUUCUUUUUGGCUGUAAAAAGAUACUUUAUGCUCACGUACCAAACCUACGUCCGCGCCCUAUACGCCCGCCUCCGCGAUCCCAAACAGUUCAUGUACCUCCAGAUCCUGUCAUCAACCAGCCUCAUCGUCGUGACCCCCAUUCUGAUGUCCCGCUCAGUCCACUGGGUGUUCUCCAUCCUCGGACUAAACGGGCAGUCGUAUGGCUCCUACCAAAAGAUUUGCAUACGCAACGUCUUCAUCCGCUUCAUGGCCGAGAACGCGUCCAUGCUCGCCUUUUUGGGGAGCGUGGUGGUGUUGCACUUUGGGGCGAACAAGGAUGUGUACCCGUACUUUUCGUUUGACGGCGUGGACGAGACGGAGCAGUACACGUUUAACCUGACGUUCAAGGCGUCGAGCAUCACUUGGGCGUGCGAGCUGGCGGCGAGCUUUGUCGUGGCGGGGCUGAUCAGGUUGAUUUAUGGGGUUAGUGUGGUGGUGGAGGGGAAGCUGGACUUUGCGGUUUGGCCGGAGCUGUUGCCGACGGCGGUGGCGGUGACGCUGCAUGUGCUGCAGAAUAUGUUGUUUUCGAUCGUGAGGUUGCAGUUUAGAUGA